UGUAGUAGCGAUGGAGGAGCGAAUUUAAAAUGGGUGAUGUUGAGAAAGGCAAGAAGAUUCUUGUUCAGAAGUGUGCCCAGUGCCACACCGUUGAAAAGGGAGGCAAGCACAAGACUGGGCCUAAUCUCCAUGGUCUGUUUGGUCGGAAGACAGGUCAAGCAGCUGGAUUCACUUACACAGAUGUCAAUAAGAACAAAGGAAUCACCUGGGGAGAGGAUACACUGAUGGAGUACUUGGAGAAUCCCAAAAAGUACAUCCCAGGAACAAAAAUGAUCUUCGCUGGCAUUAAGAAGAAGGGAGAAAGGGCAGACUUGAUAGCUUACCUCAAAAAAGCUACAAAUGAGUAAUAGCCACUGCCUUAUUUAUUUAUUGCAAAACAAAUGUCCCAUGGCUUUUUAAUGUGU